UCAGGCCACAGAAACGGGGCGUGGGGCAGGGCCUGAGGCAUCCCUGGCCACCACAAUUGCUCCGCCUGUGGCCACCAAUUCCCCUCCCCUGGCGUCCCUCUCUCCGCCCCUGUCGCCUGCCAGUACCGGACACGCUGCUGCACUUCAUCUCUUGGGGCGCUCUUCGCCUUGGCCAACCGUCGCAUCCUGUGCAACUCUGGUCAGUGGCCGUUUGGUGUUGAAUGUUCCCCAAGAGUGCAUGGCUGCAGAACCGAGGCGCAGACUCGGGCCCCGAGGGGUCGUCCUCUGGGAAGCCGUGGUGAUGCUGUUGUACCUGGGAGUGCCUGCGGGGUACCCCUACAACCUGGACCCAGAGAGCGCGCUGCUGUACCAGGGCCCCUCCGGCUCUCUGUUUGGCUACUCGGUGGUGCUACACAGCCACGGGGAAAAGCGCUGGCUAAUCGCAGGGGCACCCACUGCCAGCUGGCCCUCCAAUGCCUCAGUGGUCAAUCCUGGGGCGAUUUACAGAUGCAGGAUCGGAAAGAAUCCAGGUCAAACGUGCGAGCAGCUCCAGCUGGGUAGCCCUGCUGGAGAGCCCUGUGGAAGGACUUGCUUGGAAGAGAGAGAUAACCAGUGGCUGGGGGUGACACUUUCCAGACAGCCGGGUGAAAAUGGAUCUAUUGUGACUUGCGGGCAUAGGUGGAAAAAUAUAUAUUACAUGAGGACUGAUAAUAAGCUACCCAGUGGUGUUUGCUACGCGGUGCCUUCAGAUUUGCGAACAGAACUGAGCAAAAAGAUGGCCCCAUGUUACCGAAAUUUUGUGAGAAAAUUUGGAGAGCAUUUUGCAUCGUGUCAGGUUGGAAUAUCGAGUUUUCACACCCAGGAUUUAAUCGUGAUGGGGGCCCCAGGAUCGUCUUACUGGACUGGUUCCGUCUUUGUCUACAAUAUAACUACAAACACGUACAAGGCAUUUUUAGACCUUCAGAAUAAAGUAAAAUUUGGAAGUUACUUAGGCUAUUCAGUUGGAGCUGGUCAUUUUCGAAGUCCACAUACGACUGAAGUCGUAGGAGGAGCCCCUCAACAUGAACAGAUAGGAAAAGCAUAUAUAUUCAGCAUCAAUGAAAAGGAGUUGAGCAUCAUCCAUGAAAUGAAAGGUAAAAAGCUCGGCUCAUACUUCGGAGCGUCUCUCUGCGCAGUGGACCUCAACGCAGAUGGCUUCUCAGAUCUCCUUGUGGGGGCUCCCAUGCAGAGCACCAUCAGAGAGGAAGGGAGAGUAUUCGUAUACAUCAACUCUGGCUUGGGAGCUGUAAUGAAUGAGAUGGAAACAGUGCUCACUGGGAGUGACAAAUAUUCUGCAAGAUUUGGGGAAUCUAUAGCAAAUCUUGGUGAUCUUGACAAUGAUGGCUUUGAAGAUAUUGCUAUCGGUGCUCCACAAGAAGAUGAUUUGCGAGGUGCUAUCUACAUUUACAAUGGCCGAGCAGAUGGGAUCUCACCCACCUACUCACAGAGAAUCGAAGGACGUCAAAUCAGUGAAUCAUUAAGGAUGUUUGGACAAUCUAUCUCAGGACAAAUUGAUGCUGACAACAAUGGAUAUGUUGAUGUAGCGGUUGGUGCUUUUCGGUCUGAUUCUGCAGUGUUGCUAAGGACAAGGCCUGUAGUGAUUGUGGAAGCAUCCUUAAGUCAUCCCGAGUCAAUAAAUAGAACAAUAUUUGACUGCACUGAAAAUGGACUUCCCUCUGUGUGCAUGGAUCUAACCCUCUGUUUCUCAUAUAAGGGCAAAGAAGUCCCAGGCUACAUCAUUUUGUUUUACAACGUGAGCUUGGAUGUGCACAGAAAGGCAGAGACACCAGCAAGGUUUUACUUCUUCUCUAAUGGAACUUCAGACAUGAUCACAGGAAGCGUGGGGGUUUCGAGCAGUGGAGAGAAGUGUAGGACACACCAGGCAUUCAUGCGGAAAGAUGUACGAGACAUCCUCACGCCUGUUCAGGUUGAGGUCACGUACCACCUUGGACAUCAUGUGAUUACCAAAAGGAACACAGAGGAAUUCCCACCACUGCAGCCAAUCCUCCAGCAGAAGAAAGAAAAAGACAUGAUCAGGAAAACAAUAAACUUUGCAAGGUUUUGUGCCCAUGAAAAUUGUUCUGCUGAUCUGCAAGUUUCUGCAAAAAUCGGAUUUUUGAAGCCAUAUGAAAAUAAAACCUAUCUUGCUGUUGGGAGCAUGAAGACCAUAAUGCUAAAUGUGUCCGUGUUCAAUGCUGGCGAUGAUGCUUAUGAAACAACCCUGAAUAUCCAACUUCCCAUAGGCCUUUACUUCAUUAAGAUCUUAGACCUGGAAGAGAAACAGAUAAACUGUGAAGUGACGGAGAGCUCCGGCCUGGUGAAACUCGCCUGCAGCCUUGGCUACAUAUAUGUGGAUCGUCUCUCAAGGACAGAUAUUAGCUUCCUCCUGGACGUGAGCUCACUCAGCAGGGCAGAUGAGGAUCUCAGCAUCACCGUGCACGCCUCCUGCGAAAAUGAAGGAGAAGUGGACAGAAUGGAGGACAACAAAGUGACAUUAGCGAUACCUCUAAGAUACGAAGUUGCGCUGGCGGUUCACGGGUUCGUGACCCCAACUUCAUUUGUAUACGGAUCAAGUGAAGAAAAUGAGCCAGAAACAUGCAUGACGGAGAAGCUGAACUUCACCUUUCAUGUUAUAAACACCGGCAUUAGCAUGGCUCCAAAUGUUAGUGUGGAAAUAAUGGUACCCAAUUCUUUCCUCCCUCAAACGGAUAAGUUGUUCAACGUUUUAGAAAUCCAGGCCACUACUGGGAAAUGCCAUUUUAAACAUUAUGGAAGAGAGUGUACAUCAGGACAGGAAAAAGGCGUAGCGGAGACCUUGACAGACAUAGUCAAAUUCUUAUCAAAGACUGACAAGAGACUCUUGUAUUGCAUGAAAGUGGAUCUACACUGUUUAGAUUUCUUAUGCAACUUCGGGAAAAUGGAAAGUGGAAAGGAAGCCAGCGUUCACAUCCAGCUGGAAGGUCGGCCAUCCAUCUUGGAAAUGGAUGAGACUUCAUCGCUCAGGUUUGAAAUCAGAGCAACAGCUUUUCCAGAGCCUCACCCAAAAGUUAUUGACCUGACUAAGGAUGAGAACGUUGCCCAUGUUCUCCUGGAAGGGCUCCAUCAUCAAAGACCCAAACGGCGUCUCACCAUCGUGAUUAUUACCAGCAGCUUGCUGCUGGGACUUAUUGUACUUUUAUUAAUUUCAUGUGUUAUGUGGAAGGCUGGGUUCUUUAAAAGACAGUACAAAUCUAUUCUACAAGAAGAAAACAGGAGAGACAGCUGGAGUUACGUCAACAGCAAGGGUGACGAUGACUAGAGACUCUUCAAUUGAGAGCAGUGAACAAAGACUCAGGGAAAAAUCUCCAAGAAAGGAAAUACACAGAGAUUGCUUUCCAGCACUCAAAAGUAGAGAAAAACACUAAAGCUAUUGACUUAAAGAAAAGUGAACUUCGAAGGGAACUUGAAAGAAACUUCAGACUUAGCCAAGCAGACUUUAAAAGGAACAGUUUUUCAAGGAGGCAUGGACUACACGGGCUCACGACGGUGAGAUCAAUGCCACAGAAAGGGCACUUGUGGGUUUCAAAUACACUUGAGACAUUUUCAAAAUAUAAUGAUGACCUUUGAAGCCAUUGAGAAUCUUUCAAAGAACUGUUUCCAGAGUUUCUAAUGGAUAACAGUGGUCUAAUGGAUAAAUCAUUCUAAAACAGUGGAACUAAAACAUUGGAAGAUUGUCCUUUGGAGCACAUCAUCCCUGGGCUCUCUCCCUAUGGUCCUUUUAUUCGGCAGAUAUGAGUUUUAAAUGCCUGAUGAACAACAUCUGUGCAGCACAGGAUGGUUUCUGGACACGCGUGGAUCCUGCAAAAGUGGCCAGUUGUGGACUCUUCUUUUUAUAUAUAUAAACUUUUCUGAGAUACAAUUACCAUCCACCUGUUUUAUCAACAGCAUCCAGGAAUAAUUUUUUUCAAUUCUCUAUUUGUAAAACCUGUUCUUAAGGAUUGUCUUCUCAUUGCAGAGCCUAACAUCACACUUUAGCUGUUAUAAUAUGAACCAUCACUCACUGGUGAUUUCAAACUGCAAAGAAGGGCGAGGGAGCCGACAUGUCAAAGCGUUCACUGUUUCAAAUGAAGCAAACACGAAUACCUGCCACGAUGUUGUUGUUUUCCUCGUUCUGUUGAAUCACGCAGUAACCAGGGCUGUAAAAAGCAUUGCUAUAGAGACGGAGAAGCACAGAUGGAACAGCAAGUCACUGGUGAUGCUUGUAUGCAGGGACAGGAUGUGAUUGACGUUCCCGUGAGAUACGUACGUUUGAUGCUACACAAGGCUUUACUUUAAAGUGAACCGUCUUCUACCUGGGUUUUUACAUAACCAUUUUUGUACUAUUCAUUCCGUACACAUGGUCUGAUAAAUAUAAAUUUCUCAUCUGGAUCUUUUAUGCAUAAGAAA